AAAAAGUUGUUGAAUCACAAACAAAAAGACGGCAGAGAAAAAUAAAAACAUUAUUAUCAGCUUAUUUCACGAAUAAAGUGUAUAAUAAAAAUAAUACAUUAACGAUUACAACAAUUAAAAAUUUUGCUUUUAAACAAGCAAGAGUAAUUAAAUUAAAAGAAAACAACAGAUUGCAACAAAAAAACACAUACUACUGUAACAAAAAAUAGAAAAAAAGGAGGAAAACAGCAACAACAAUAUAAAAGCUAACAAAGCAGAAUACAAAAAAAUUAAAGGCAAAAACAGUUGAAAAAUUUACUCAACCAACAGUACUUGAUCGAACCAGUAGCAAAUGCAAACGCUAUUACGGUAAAUAAUAAAUUAUUUAAAAAAUACGGUAAUAAAAUAAAGUGAUAGUAAACUAAAUAAAUAAAAGUAUUAAAACAAGUGGAAUUUUGAAAUAACAAAAAAAAAACAGAACAGUGAUUUGCAAAUACACUAAAAGGUCACUUAGGGUAAUAAAGAAGAGGAACAAAAAAAGAAACAAUAAAACGUAACAAGUUUUCAAAGAAAUUUUGCAACAAACCUCAAAAAAAAUGAAGUCUGCUUUGUUAAUAGGAACAAUUUUUAGCCUGCUAUUGGCAUUGCAGGCGGCAGACCUCGACCUUAGCAAUAUUGACGUGAAUGAUUUGAAAAAUCAACUGCCCGAUGAAUUUCCCAAGACCAAUCUUACAUUGGAUGAUGCCAAAACUUUAGUUAAGGAUAAAUGUCUUAAAGUGGCCGGCGAAGAAGCGGGGCAAAAGGCGUUUGCUGAAAUUGAAAGCUCCACCUUGACUUUGGCCGAGUGUGUUAAUAAUAUUGUUAAUUUUACCGCCAUACAAGAGGAAAUAAAUCUUGCCUCGCCUACAGGAGAAUUGGAUGUGGUGUUCAAUAAGUACUGUUUAAAACGUCCCGAAGCUCUAAAAUGCAUUGAGACUUUUAAUACCAAACUAACACCCUGUCUUGAUGAGGAGGAACGUGAAAAUCAAGAUGUUUUCAUGCGCAUCAUACGCAGUCUUUUGAGUUUUGUUUGCCACAAGGGUGGUGACCAGAUUGCUCUGUUCAUAGCCGAAAAGGGACCCGAAUGUUUGGAAGCACACAAGGAAGAUAUACAGAAUUGUAUUAAUAGCACUUUUUCCGGUUAUCUGCCAGAAGAAGGCAUUGAAAAUGUUAAAACUUUGCCCAAAUUCAUAAUAGGAGCUAAACAAUGUAAUGAUAUGGAACGUUUGGAAACCUGCAUUGUUAAGAAAUUGGAAUUAUGUGAGGAGAUAACACCGGCCAAUAUUGUUGAGUCCAUGUUCCGUUUUAUUAAGAAUGAAACUAUUUGCCGUUCAGUAGCUAAUACCGAUAAACAUGUUGCUGGUAGUUCAGGAAAUACUUUAAUGAUGAAUAGUCUUAAUUCCGCGCUGUUGCUUUUGUUUGUUACAGCCUUAACAUAUUUUAAUCGUAAAACAAUAGUUUAAAAACGAACACAACAAGAACAACUAAUUACAACAGCAAAUUUGUUACUAUCUACAACAACAAGAACAACUUACAACAUCUAUAUGGAAUUUCUACAUUACAAAAGGAACUAAUUGCUAUUGGCUUUAUUUAAAGACAACUUUA